CAUAAACUCACACGUUCUGCACGAGAAAAGCUCGAUUGAACGGAUCUUUUUCGCGAAACAUCGUAUUGUCUCGAACUAGGCGACUGCGAUUCGCCUCUGACGGCAGAUUUUGCGUAGACAGCAAAUCUUUCGGCCGAAGACCUCGCAUUUAUAAGCAAUAGAUCUCCCGCGAUCAACCCCUCCGUUUCUCAAGCAGCGAGGAGCUUAGUGCUUAAAAUACUGCGCAUCUUACUUCGUAGCCGAUCCGAGAACUAAUUUCGUAAAUAUGUCAGCACACAACCCUCAUGAUGAGGUGUCGGAUGACGAGCCAGACGCAGACGACAACAUGUUAGGAGCAGAUGAGGUGGAGCAGGAGAUCGAGGACGAUGGUGACGUUCAAAUGGACUCUGGUGACGAGGAAAUGCAAGAGGAUGAAGUUAUUCUACUUCAAAAUGACAGUGUGGCUCAUUUUGAUGGACAUAAGGACUCAAUAUUUUGCAUAGCGCAGCACCCCACCCGCCCGGAAAUCGUUGCGACAGGCGGCGGUGAUGAUCUAGGGUAUAUAUGGGACAGCACACCACCACCAGGCCCUGUACUUCCUUCUAGCUACGAGACAACUCCUCAGCCUAGGGAAAGGAAAGGACAGGAUAUAAUUGCGAAGUUGGAAGGCCACAAGGACUCAAUCAAUGGAAUUGCGUUCACGCUACCUAAAGGUGAAUACGUCGUUACAGCCGGCCUGGACAGCCAAAUAAGAGUGUGGCACGACAAAAAAGGGGAUGGGACAGGCUGGAUUUUUCUAGCCGAAGCGACAGAAGAUAUUGAGGACAUAAACUGGAUCGCUGCUUGCCCCAGUUCGGAUCACCCAAACACCAUUGCUCUGGGUGCUAGCAAUGGCAGCGUCUGGGUCUACACCAUAGAUGCAGCGGAAACCUCCUCGCCGCUCACUCCCGUACAAGCUUAUUAUGUGCACACAGGGCCUUGCACAGCAGGUGCGUGGACACCUGAUGGGAAACUACUCGCCACGGUGGCUGAAGACUCGAGCCUGUAUGUCUGGGACGUGUGGGGUGAUGCAGCAGCAGCAGGAUUUGGGUCUUCGCAAGGCGCACAACACAUUAUUGGCCUUACUGGUGAUGAUGAACGCUUUCUUGUUGAGGGUGGCUUAUACAGCAUCGCAAUCUCCCCAGGCGGCGCUCUGUGCGCAGUUGGAGGUGCCGAAGGCGCGAUUCGAGUAGUUGGACUCCCACGUUUCAACGUUCCCUCCUCGUCAGAAGGCCAGAAGGGAACGGGCGCACGUACAAAACAUGGAGGAGGCAAACAAGCCGCGGCAAAGGGUGCUGCGGGUAGCCAAGGUCAGGCUGGCCAAAUUCUCGCAAGUCUACAGGCGCAAUCAGAUUCCGUAGAGACGAUUGCAUUUGCAUUUCCUCCUCUCACCAUUAUGGCUGCCGGUAGUGUAGAUGGCUCAAUUGUUCUGUUUGACGCGGCCCAUAACUUUGCAAAGAGGAGAAAGAUCGAGGCUGCGCAUGACGAAGAGGCUGUUAUCAAGCUUGAGUUUGUGAAGCCGAGUGCUGGAGGAAUGAACGGAUGGAUUUUGACGAGCGCGGGGAACGAUGGAGUGAUCAGAAGAUGGGAUGUUAGAGGCGGAACUGCAGCUGCAGCACAGGGUCUGAAAGGCGAGUGGAAAGGCCAUCGAGGUGGAGGUGAGGGUGGAGGAGUGAUGGGCUUUGUACAGGGCUUUGAAGGUGGUGUUCGUGUUGUGACUGCGGGAGACGAUGGUGUUGGGUUAGUAUUUGCCACACCAUUCGAUCGGUAGGUAGACAUCUAAGGAAGACCAUAAGACCUUGAACUUGAAAAAGAAAGUGUUACCCAUCA